AUGUGUGGUAUCCACGCGUCCAUCUCACGAAGGGUUUUCGAAGCUGCAGGUGAUGAGCUCAAGAAGCUGCUCUGCAGAAGAGGUCCGGAUCAUGUGGGGGAGUCGAAGGCUAUAGUGGAAUGUGAUGAUGGAGCAUCCUACUAUGUCUCGUUCACUUCCACUGUUCUGGCUCUGAGAGGGGGCCAGACUAAAGCUCAGCCAUUUCAGUCUCCCAAUUCCGCGUUAUGCUGGAAUGGAGAAGCAUGGAAAGUUGAUACAUACCCGGUCUUGGAAAACGAUGGUCAGGUUAUCUUCGAUCUACUUUCAGAAGCAACUUCUCCACAGCUCUCUGCCACGGAAUCUGUCGCUGCUGUUCUUACGGUCUUGCGAAGCAUUUCUGGGCCGUUUGCCUUUGUGUACCUGGACAAGACUCACAAUGCACUCUAUUUUGGCCGCGAUCGUCUUGGGCGACGCUCUCUACUCUACAACGCCGAUAGAUCGCCUGAAUCUAUGGAACUCUCUAGCACUGGGGAUCACACCAGCGGCACUUGGAAAGAGGUAGAGGCUGAUGGGGUGUAUCACCUUUCAUUCACUAAUAGCCAACCCGCAAUCGAAAAUCAAGGACCAGAGGGCAGUAUUUUCUCCGAGUCAAUGUUACCUCUACGUCGAUACAUUUGGGAAAUGCCGGAUUCCGAGUCACCUGAUUCCCCAAAAGAGAGCUCUAUGUAUAGAUGGACGAUAGCUGAUCAUCAACAGGCAUCAUUAGGCACAUUCAACCGAACUUUGCCGGCUAUGAAAUAUGUGUUGGAUUCGAAUACAACAUCGGUGACGCAACUGCGGCAGCAUCUAUGUGAGUCUCUCAAGCUCAGGAUCCUCAAUGUUCCAAUACCGCCAGGUCUAGACCACGAUCGCAACGUACGCGUUGCGAUCUUGUUUUCUGGCGGGCUUGACUGUACUGUUCUCGCGCGAAUAGCACAUGAUCUUCUCCCGACUGAACAGCAAAUCGAUUUAAUUAACGUUGCUUUCGAAAACCCAAGAGUAAUAGAGGCCUCAAAGAGAGUACCAAGGUCAAAGAAACAAGCGCGCACUGAUGCUCAAGAAAGUCACCAAAACGACAAUCAAGAAACUACCAGAAUCCAGAGCAAGACUUCAUGCUAUGAGGCAUGCCCCGAUAGAGAAACCGGAAGGAAAGGCUUUCAAGAACUGCAGGACGUAUGUACUAGCCGAGUUUGGCGAUUUGUGGCGGUCAACGUUUCAUAUUCAGAAAUGAUAUCACAUCGAGCCAUGGUUGUUAACCUUAUCAAACCACACAACACGGAAAUGGAUCUCUCAAUCGCUUUCGCCUUGUAUUUUGCUUCCCGCGGAGCUGGAAUCGCAACAAGUGGUUCGGACAAUAGUGUUGUCCCGUAUAAUACUCCAGCUCGUGUUCUUCUCUCUGGCCUAGGCGCCGAUGAAUUAUUUGGAGGAUACACGCGUCAUGCGACAGCUUUCAACAGGAAUGGAAUUACGGCUUUGUUGGAUGAGCUUGAGUUAGACGUCAACAGAUUGGGAAAGCGAAAUCUGGGCCGUGAUGAUCGAGUCAUCUCACACUGGGGCCGAGAAGUACGUUUUCCAUAUCUAGAUGAGUCUCUUGUCAAAUGGGCUGUUGAAUGUCCGAUCUGGGAGAAAUGCGGAUUCCAAGUAACGGUGUCGGAAGAGCCAGGGAUCGCAGGAAUAGAAGCAGGGAAGAAAGUUCUACGUCUAUUAGCUUUUAAUCUAGGAAUGCAUUCUGUUGCUUUGGAGAAGAAACGAGCCAUCCAAUUCGGGGCCAGAACUGCCAAGAUGGAAGUUGGGAAGACAAAAGGAACAACACUUAUAUCUUGA